GCCUGGUGAAAAGAACCUCGAAAAAAUGAUAAUGGAAAGUACAAAUAUUGAACUGAUAAAAGAAGAGAUCGAAGCCCUAAAAGCAAUAUUCUGUGAGGAAGGAGAGUUUUCUAUUAACUCAAAUGUUAUAGGAGGUAUAUUUUCCGAGAGCGAUAGAUUAAGCAUCAGUCUCGAUCUCCAAGUCAAGUGUUCAACAUGUUCAUCAGCCAAAAACCGGGAGACAUGCAAGAUAAAAAUGACUGUUGCUUUAUCUAAGGAUUAUCCUGGUGUACUGCCCUCUAUUUCUCUUUCUUCUUACCACUUCAACAAGAAGGAAGUUGCUUUAUUCACGGACAAGCUUCACUUUUACCUGAAAACACUUCAUCCUGGGCCCAUAAUAAUGGAUCUGGCAAUGUGGCUACAGGAAAAUUCUGUUCACACAUCACCUCAAUCACAUGAGUCUGGAGAUAAAAGCGAUGAUAAUGAAGAUAUCAAUGAACUAGUUGUUGUAAAGCUAGAUCACAUGAGAAAUCGAACCUGUUAUCUUAAAACUCUUACAGCAUGGGCAAAUGAUUUAGACAUUUCAAUAAUGGUGCUCUUUGCUCAUAAGUUAAUACUUUUGGUUUUCGAAGGUUCAUCUGAUCAUGUUAAAGAAUUCUUAAAAAGGUUUAGAUCUUCUAAUAUUGAUGUUGAUUCUUCAAGGAAACCUUGUAAGGAAAAAAUGAUGAAGAUCCUAGUCCAGAUUCGACACCCUACCAAAUUAGGGUCUGCUGGACUGAAUUGGAAAGAAUCCAAGUCAAAUGCAGAGCUAGAAAAUAACUUUAAGGAAUUCAACCUGCUUGAUAUUUAUAGCAAAUUUGUACUUCCAUCUUUGUAAGAAAUGCAAGUUGUGGAGAAAACUGAGGAGCUAUAUAGAGACUUUGUACCAUCACGUGAUGGCAGCUAUGAGGCAGAAACAAUUGAAUCUGGUCUAAUCUGAUUUAAAUUAGAGAGAAUUUAGUUAUCCUGGGGGAUAACACUCUGUUGUUGUGCUUUUUGUCAUUGCUGUCAUCACUUUUAAGGUUACUGGAAAUAAUAUUAUUUUCUGAAUUUCUAUUAUAUGGGGUUUUGUUAAAAGUAGUGUGAAGAGAUAGUCUUAAACGAAACAUACCCCUGAAGGUCUCCAGUAACCUAAAUAAAUCCCACAAUGCCUAGUUAUUUUCCACAUUUUCAAGUCAAAUUUAUUCUUUCGAAAUAUCUUUAAUGAAAUCAAAAUAAAUAAAUUUGAUGGAAAAAAUAAUAAAUUUUAUAUCAAGCACGAAAAAUAAAGCAUUGUAGGAUUUCUUAAAAAGGUCUUAUCACCUAUCUUUUAUAUUUUGCCAUCCUCAGUUUCAGCCUCACCAUUAUCUUCACAUUUGUCCUUUGCAUCUGGCUGUAGCAAUUUGUAUCAUGACACUAGCUACUAUCUUAGUUUAACUGAGAUUAUGUUAACCAUAUAUUUUUUUGUGUACCUCUGUGUCUUUUUAACUAGAGCUCAAAGACCAGCAUUUUUUAUUUUCUUGAAUUAGUGACUGUGUAAAUACUGGGAGGAAAUGGGACCAGAGGUUAUUUCUUAUUUUCUUCCACUCCAGUAUCCUAAGAGGCACCAUGCAUUCUAGUUGGCUGUUUCCAGAGUGUUUCUGUUACGAACAAUGAAACAUAACUAUAAAAACUAGAACAAAAGUAAAUGGGGAAAAAAUUUAAUUCUAAGUCAGUGGUAUACUUAAAUGCAUAUUGAAAUUUUAAAAAAUGUAUUAACUGUGCUUCAUAUUGCCAAGCUUUGGGCAGUACCAUCUUCAGAGCUUUAACACAUUAAAAAGUUAUUUCUUAGUCCUUAGGUCAUUUUGGAUAGAGAAAACUGUGCCCUCAGAAUUUUUCCCCAUCCGGGCCUCGUGACCAAAUAACAUCUAUAGUUUUUACUACCACCACCUUUGGUGCACUUUUAAAAGCAUAAGGUGAUUAAUACCACUUGUAUAGAACCCCAAUAUGUAAACUGUAAGCUGCUGGUCUUCAUUACAAGACAGACUGGAUAAUAAAUUGUCUACGGGAAUGGUCUAAGAUUAGAAUUUAUUAUAACAAAUCUUGGGUCUCUAGCUCACAUCCACAUACUUGCCCUUAAAGUGCCUAUCACCCUUCCGACAAUAUUCACAGUAUUGAUUCUACAUGGGGUAAGAUGUGGAAAAGCCCAAAAAAAUUUCAUAGUUUGAGUGCGGC